CAAAAACGUUUGGAGGAUAUUUUUGAAAAAUUACUGGAGAAGAAAAGAUGAGUGGACGAAGAACGAGCAGUCCAAUGAAUUUUAAGAAUCAGAUUUUGAUUGAAGUAGCAAAUUCUUCCAAGGGAUUUCCGAGCUUUUCGUCUCGAUUUUCUCGGAUUUUGUUAAUUUGGAACUCCGACUCUGUUGUUCUUUCUGUUCUUGAAGCGAGAUUGAAGAGAAAUGGACCUCCGUAGCCAUUUGUUUCGUUACUGUAUUGCUUUGGUUCUUUGUUUUUCAGUAUCUUUGUCGGUCGCCGCCAUAUCUCUAGGUUCGUCUUUGAGAGCUUCGAAUCCCAAUCAGACGUGGGAUUCGGCUAAUGGAGAUUUCUCUUUGAGGUUUCAUCCGGCGGAUUCCUCCGGUUCUUCUUUUAUCGCCGGCAUAGUCUUUACUGGUGGCGUUCCUACUAUCUGGUCCGCUGGCGGCGGUGCUACGCUGGAUGCUUCUGGUGCUCUUCACUUUCAAUCCGACGGUAACCUUCGUCUCGUCGAUGGCUCUGGUGCUGUCGUUUGGGAAUCUAACACCACCGGCCGUGGAGUCUCCUCCGCUGUGCUCGAGGACUCCGGCAACCUCAUCCUUCGAAAUAGUAGUUCCCAGGCCGUCUGGUCUUCGUUCGAUCACCCGACGGACACGAUUGUUCCAUCGCAGAAUUUCACAGUGGGCAUGGUCCUGCGAUCUGGUCAGUAUUCUUUAAACCUACUUAACAUUGGGAAUAUAACUCUGACUUGGAAUGGAGAUGGACCGAAUGGUGAUGUAGUUUAUUGGAAUCAUGGAUUAAAUACGUCGAUCAAUGGCUCCUUGAAUUCUCCUAGUUUACGAUUAGAUCCUAUUGGAAUGUUGGCUGUUUAUGAUACCAGAAUACCUGCUGGAUCAUUUGUAGCUUAUAGCAACGAUUACGCAGAUAAUGGUGGCGGUGCUACUUUUAGGUUUCUGAGGUUGAAAGAUGAUGGAAAUUUAGAGAUUCAUAGCGUUGUUAGAGGCAGUGGGUCUGAAUCCGUGGGAUGGAAAGCUGUUCCAGAUAAGUGUCAAAUAUUUGGGUUCUGUGGGGAACUUAGUAUUUGUAGCUAUAAUGAUACAAGUCCGAUCUGUAGUUGCCCAUCUGCAAACUUUGAGCCAGUUGAUCACCACGAUUGGAAGAAAGGGUGUAAGGCGAAAUUGGAUAUCAGAAACUGUUCCAGCGGCAUCACGAUGUUGGAGUUGAAGAACACAAAGCUAUUAACAUAUCCAAAGAACUUAGAGGUCUACUCCAUGCAGAUAUCAGGGUGUCAAUCAAAUUGUCGACAGAGUUCUGCUUGUGAUGCUUCCACUGCGCCAUCAGAUGGGAAUGGAUUUUGUUAUUACAUACCGUCGGGCUUCAUUAGGGGAUAUCAGAGUGCUGCGUUGCCAAGCAGUUCAUUUCUCAAGGUCUGUGGAGAAGUGCUUGAAAGCCAAUUGGAAUCUUCUGAUGUUUCAAGGCCGGGUGGUAUGAAUUUGAAGGCUUGGGUCUUGGUGGUUGUGGUUUUGGUCACCCUUUUUGCCAUAAUUGUUUGUGAGGCUGGUUUAUGGUGGUGGUGUUGCAGGAACAGCCCCAAGUUUGGAGCGAUGUCCAGCCAAUACACCCUUCUUGAGUAUGCUUCUGGUGCUCCUGUUCAAUUCUCAUUUAAAGAACUCCAUCGUGUGACCAAUGGAUUCAAGGAAAAGCUUGGGGCUGGUGGAUUUGGAGCUGUUUAUAAAGGCGUUCUUACUAAUAAGACGGUCGUCGCAGUGAAGCAACUCGAGGGAAUCGAGCAGGGAGAGAAGCAAUUUAGGAUGGAGGUAGCAACUAUAAGUAGCACACACCAUUUGAAUCUCGUGAGAUUGGUCGGUUUUUGCUCGGAAGGACGGCAUAGGCUGUUAGUAUAUGAGCUCAUGAAGAAUGGUUCUCUUGAUAGCUUGCUUUUCAAGGGAGAAGAAGGACAAUCUGGGAAGUUCCUCAGCUGGGAAGAUCGGUUCAAAAUUGCUGCUGGCACUGCCAAGGGGAUCACAUACCUUCAUGAGGAGUGCCGUGAUUGCAUCAUUCAUUGCGAUAUAAAGCCAGAAAACAUUCUCUUAGAUGAGAAUUUAAACGCUAAAGUCUCAGAUUUUGGCCUGGCAAAGCUCAUUAACAUGAAAGAUCACCGAUAUCGAACCUUGACUAGCGUAAGAGGAACACGAGGCUAUUUGGCACCCGAAUGGCUCGCAAAUCUGCCACUGACUUCAAAAUCUGAUGUUUUCAGCUAUGGUAUGGUUCUUUUAGAGAUCGUAAGCGGACGAAGGAACUUCGACGUUACUGCCGAAACAAAUCACAAGAGGUUCUCUUUGUGGGCUUAUGAAGAGUUUGAAAAGGGGAAUCUCAGAGAAAUUGUUGACAAAAGGCUGGUGGAUCAAGAGAUUGAUAUGGAGCAAGUGAGCAGGGUGGUUCAGGUGAGCUUUUGGUGCAUCCAGGAGCAACCAUCUCAGAGGCCAACAAUGGGAAAAGUGGUUCAGAUGAUCGAAGGCGUCAUCGACAUCGAGAGGCCUCCUGCACCAAAGGUAACAUCCAUGGUUUCUGCAAGUGGAACCAGCACGUAUAUCAGCAGCAAUAUAAGCAAUUUCUCGACCGCUGAAACACCCGCUACACCGGCCUCAUUUUCGUCGUCGCUUGCUGCAGCAGACUUGACUCCUGGUGGCAGCAUUUGUGAGAAAACAAGUUCAUCUCUUCUGCACUCAAGGUACGACACUCCAACUAGCCUCUAGCUUUUCAGUUCUUACACUGAUCUUUGUGCAAAAAUUGCUCAAAUCUUUGCUACAAAGGUUUACAGUUCCAAGUCAUGUUGUUGUUGUAAUAACCAAGUGUUCCAUAUAAACUAUGACAAAAUCUUGUAAAUCAUUGUUCAGUUUUGUUUUGGUGCUGAGGGUGCAAGCCCACCAAAGUUAAUAGUAACUCCAAACUGUAUAAUUCUUCAA